CUCCGGAGCCAGCAGCAGCACAGGAGCUGCCGUGCCUCGUCUUAACACGGAGGAGAUCCCGAAAGCCGGAGUAAUAGCCAAACCCCAUACAGCCAUGGCAGAAAACGCCGGCUUGGAAAACCACCGCAUCAAGAGCUUUAAAAAUAAGGGACGAGAUGUCGAGACUAUGAGAAGACAUCGAAAUGAGGUGACAGUUGAGUUGAGAAAGAACAAACGAGACGAACAUCUACUGAAGAAGAGAAAUGUCCCGCAGGAGGAGAGUCUGGAGGACUCUGAUGUCGACUCAGACUUCAAAGGACAAAAUGUUACGCUUGAUGCCAUCUUACAGAACGCUACCAGUGAUAAUGCAGUUAUCCAGCUCAGUGCUGUACAGGCAGCCAGAAAACUGCUCUCGAGUGACAGAAACCCUCCCAUCGACGACUUGAUAAAAUCCGGGAUCCUGCCCAUUUUAGUCAAAUGCCUGGAAAGGGACGACAACCCCUCUCUUCAGUUUGAGGCAGCUUGGGCUCUGACCAACAUUGCCUCUGGGACGUCAGCACAGACUCAGGCUGUGGUUAAAUCCAAUGCAGUGCCCCUGUUCCUGCGACUGCUACACUCGCCCCACCAGAACGUAUGUGAACAGGCUGUAUGGGCUUUAGGAAACAUUAUAGGUGAUGGUCCACAGUGCAGGGAUUAUGUCAUCUCCCUGGGCGUGGUCAAGCCCCUGCUUUCUUUCAUCAACCCAUCAAUCCCAAUCACCUUCCUCCGCAAUGUUACCUGGGUCAUUGUUAACCUCUGCCGCAACAAGGAUCCACCACCGCCCAUGGAGACCGUGCAAGAGAUUUUGCCUGCCCUCUGUGUGCUAAUAUAUCACACCGAUAUCAAUAUCCUAGUAGACACAGUGUGGGCUCUGUCUUAUCUGACGGACGGGGGCAAUGAGCAGAUCCAAAUGGUAAUUGAUUCUGGAGUCGUUCCAUUUCUUGUGCCUCUCCUCAGCCAUCAGGAGGUCAAAGUUCAGACGGCAGCUCUGAGGGCAGUGGGUAACAUCGUGACAGGGACAGAUGAGCAGACACAGGUUGUGCUCAACUGCGAUGUCCUCUCACACUUCCCCAACCUGCUCACUCACCCUAAAGAAAAGAUCAACAAGGAAGCAGUCUGGUUCCUGUCCAACAUUACAGCUGGGAACCAACAGCAGGUCCAAGCUGUGAUCGAUGCUGGACUGAUUCCUAUGAUUAUCCACCAACUGGCUAAGGGUGACUUUGGCACUCAGAAGGAGGCAGCAUGGGCCAUCAGCAACCUCACCAUCAGUGGGAGGAAAGACCAGGUGGAGUUCCUGGUGGAGCAGAAUGUCAUCCCUCCGUUCUGUAACCUGCUGUCUGUGAAGGACUCCCAGGUUGUGCAGGUUGUCCUGGACGGCCUGAAGAACAUCCUCAUCAUGGCAGGAGACGAAGCCAGCACCAUUGCAGAGAUCAUAGAGGAGUGUGGAGGUUUGGAGAAGAUAGAAAAUCUGCAGCAGCACGAGAAUGAGGAUAUCUACAAACUAGCCUUCGAGAUUAUUGAUCAGUACUUUUCAGGAGAUGAUAUUGAUGAGGAUCCCAGCUUGAUCCCUGACACCACUCAAGGAGGGACCUUCAACUUUGAUCCAGCUUCCAACAUGCAAACAAAGGAGUUUAAUUUCUAAAAGCCAGGAUGUUUGGUUCAACCAGCUGCACGGGUACUCUGUAAUCACCCCAGACAUUCAUCCAUCUCUCCUCCAACCUGGCAACCUGGUACCGAAGGAUUUACUUAGCAUCACUUCAACAUGGAAACUCACCAUUGAAGGAAUUAUCCACCCCUGUCUCUACACUGCGGGGUGUUUUUGUUUUUUUUCUCUUUCAAAUGGUCAUCCUUCACUGAACACGGCAACCCUACAUAGGAGUCCUGGUCAUUCGACAGGCACCAUCACCAUCUGGCAACCUGCAUCAGGAGGAUUGCCACUAUUCUCUGCCAGUGCUUCUAAAUAUCACAAAAAUAAAACCAGAAGGAAGAAAAAGCCUUCGUGGCAAGAUUUAAUUGCCAAAUGUCAAGUCUUCAUAAAGACAAAAACAAGCACAUUUUCAGUCACAAACACACACAUAUACACACUUUUUGACACUUAGAAUUUGUGUGCAUACUUCUGUUAGAAGCCAUCAUAUCACUUAUGGGAAGAAAAUACUGCUGUUUGUUUGUGGUUUAUUUUUGUGCUUUCCCUCCCCUGGAUUUUCCUCUGGUGUUACUUAAACCUCGCGCACACACACUAACACAAGUACACACUUUGACACACUUUGAGUCACACGGUUUCCCCGAUGGCCGGGCACCCCAAUAACCCUCUCUCACCCAGUUAAAAGAGUUAAUCCCAGAGCUAAGCCAUGAUUAACCACGGACCCCUGCUGCCCCCCCCAGGAGAGUCCUGGGGCAGGGCGGAGGGGUGAAAGGGCUCUUAGGCAAAAAGAGGACUCCGUGGCAAACUGACUGACGGGACUUCUGACUCAAUGAAGUCACUUUUUUAAUGUGACCUUAUCAAAUGUUUAAAAAAAGAAAUCAUCAAAAAUGUGAAGAAAAUGCCAUAAUUCUCUUCUUUUUUGUUUCAAUACAUACAAUUGUAAGACCUGCUUACUGCCUGCUUCUGAUUCAGCAGAGCGACAGCAGUUUUUGUUUUUAAUGGAUGUGAAUACCUGUCACGGGAGUAAGCACCUUAAGGUGAAGGCGCAGAGACUUAAGAGAAGAGGAACAUGUCAGCUGUAGUGUUUAUCCCCCUACAGGACAUCCAUUUCUGCAGCAGGAGCUCAGUCACAUCCUGUGAUCAAGUGCUUGGGACUCCCCUGUAAUGUGAAACUUGGAAAAGGGGGGCGGGGGGCGGGGUUCAACAAAAAAAAAAAGUUGAGCUCAAAAAUCGACCCAAAUUGCUUAUCUGACCUUAAGCUUAUUUUAAUUCUUUUUAAAUUCUAUCUUCAAACUAAUAUUUUAGGUUCAUGUUUCAGCUUCUUCUGGUUGAGUCUGUGGAGCUCCCAUAUGUCUUUUUUUUUUUCCUUUUUUCCUUUUCUUCAGUCUUAUGCACACAUCUGAGAGGCAUAUUGAUGUCUGCCUGCAGAAAAGGGACCUAUACUCAUUGAAGACUAGACUUAUGUAACGAGUACAGGUCCUGACCUUUACAGUACUUACAACUUUUCGAUGAAGAGGUCACAUGUCAUCACUCAAUUUGAAUAAUUGUACAAAAAUGUGAUGUGUAUCUCUCCUUGCCGUCUAAUGAAUAUAUGAAUAUAUUUACAUAAAGCCUGUACAAAGCUGCUGCAGCUGACAGUCAUUGGAUGGACGAUAACCUUACUGUCAAAGAUGGCUGGGGAGGGUUUUUUUUUUUUUUUUGGAAGCAAUAUUUCUUUGUUUCAUUAUUUUUAUUUUUGACUUGCAUAUGUAUUGUGAUGACAUGCUGAUGAAUUGGAACAGGCUGUUUUCUUUUUUUUUUUCUCUCUUCGUAGUGGUGACGGCUGUUUAAAAUGUACCGUCCCAUGUCCCAGUUGGUGUGUGGGUGCGGGUUCAAGGUGUCACACCGUGAACCCGACCCCAACCCUGGUCUCGAAGA